GGAGGGGUCUGCUCCUGCACCGGCUCAAGUAGCGGCCCUGUGGACCACGACCCGCGCGGCGCCCUAGCAGCGCCAGUCUCCGCGCGCUGAAACACCCAGGGACGUUCGACUGGAGGCGGGGGCCGCGUUGCGGAGCCGCCCACGCUGCGCUCCAGGAGCCAGAGCCCACAGGAUGGGCAUUAGGACAUGCUGAUCUCCCCUAGAGACAGCUAGCUGGCACCCUAUCAUGGAGGACUGCAAUGUGCACUCAGCUGCCAGCAUCUUGGCCUCAGUGAAGGAGCAGGAGGCCCGUUUCGAGCGACUGACACGGGCGCUGGAGCAGGAACGGCGCCAUGUUGCCCUGCAGCUGGAGCGUGCCCAGCAGCCUGGAGUAGGCAGCGGUGGUAUGGGCAGUGGGCAGCCCCUACCAAUGGCCUGGCAACAGCUGGUCCUGCAGGAACAGAGCCCAGGGAGCCAGGCAUCACUGGCCACAAUGCCGGAGGCACCUGAGGUGCUAGAGGAGACAGUGACAGUGGAGGAAGACCCUGGUACACCCACCUCCCAUGUGUCCAUUGUCACAUCUGAAGAUGGCACAACCCGGCGCACUGAAACCAAGGUCACCAAGACUGUCAAGACAGUGACCACGAGGACAGUACGCCAGGUGCCUUUGGGUCCAGAUGGACUACCCCUGCUGGAUGGUGGCCCUCCACUUGGCCCUUUUGCUGAUGGCCCUCUGGAUCGGCAUUUCCUACUGCGUGGUGGUGGCCCAGCAGCCACACUCUCCCGAGCCUACCUCAGUAGUGGGAGUGGCUUUCCUGAUGGUCUUGAGCUCCGUGAUGGCCCCAGCUAUGGCAGCCUGUCUCGAGGUCUAGGGGUACGGCCCGCACGCACUGGCCCCCUUGGCCCAGGACCUGGUGAUGGCUGCUUCACACUGCCUGGCCGCCGGGAGGCCUUCCCUAUGGGUCCUGAGCCUGGACCAUCAAGUGGCCGUUCCCUGCCCGAGCGCUUCCAGGCAGAGCCCUAUGGCUUGGAGGAUGACACACGCAGCCUGGCUGCUGAUGAUGAGGGUGGCCCUGAGCUGGAGCCCGAUUAUGGCACAGCCACACGGAGAAGAGCUGAGUGUGGGCGGGGCCUUCGUGCCAGGGCCUAUGAGGAUGUAGCAGAUGAUGCUGGUGAACUGACUGAUGAGCGGCCUCUGUACCCAGCAGCGACAGCACCACUGGCCCAGCCAGAGCGUGGCAGUCUAGGCAGCCUGGACCGGGUGGUGCGGCGCUCACCCUCAGUGGACAGUGCCCACAAGGAGCCACGUUGGCGGGACCCUGAGCUACCUGAAGUGCUGGCCAUGCUCCGGCACCCUGUGGACCCUGUGAAGGCCAAUGCAGCUGCCUACCUGCAGCACCUGUGCUUCGAGAAUGAGGGUGUCAAGAGACGCGUGCGACAGCUGCGCGGGCUGCCUCUGCUUGUGGCACUGCUAGACCACCCUCGGGCUGAAGUGCGUCGCAGGGCCUGCGGAGCCCUGCGCAACCUUUCCUAUGGCCGUGACACCGACAAUAAGGCUGCAAUCCGGGAUUGUGGCGGUGUGCCUGCUCUGGUGCGCCUGCUACGGGCAGCCCGUGACAACGAGGUCCGUGAGCUGGUCACUGGCACACUCUGGAACCUGUCAUCCUACGAACCCCUGAAGAUGGUCAUCAUUGACCAUGGCCUGCAGACACUGACCCAUGAGGUCAUCGUGCCCCACUCGGGCUGGGAACGAGAGCCCAACGAGGACUCCAAGCCCCGGGAUGCUGAGUGGACGACUGUCUUCAAGAACACAUCAGGCUGCUUGAGGAAUGUGAGCUCAGAUGGCGCUGAGGCCAGGAGACGACUCCGGGAAUGUGAAGGGCUGGUGGAUGCACUCCUGCAUGCCCUGCAGUCAGCUGUGGGCAGAAAGGACACAGACAACAAGUCAGUGGAGAACUGCGUGUGCAUCAUGCGGAACCUGUCCUACCAUGUGCACAAGGAGGUACCUGGGGCUGACAGGUACCAGGAGGCUGAGCCUGGGCCCCCAGGCAGUGCUGCAGGCUCCCAGCGCCGGAGGAGGGAUGACGCCAGCUGCUUUGGUGGCAAGAAAGCCAAAGAGGAGUGGUUCCAUCAAGGAAAGAAGGAUGGUGAGAUGGACCGGAACUUUGACACAUUGGACCUGCCCAAGCGAAAUGAGGCUGCAAAAGGCUUUGAGCUGCUAUACCAGCCAGAAGUGGUACGUCUCUACCUCUCCCUCCUCACGGAGAGUCGGAAUUUCAACACCCUGGAGGCUGCAGCAGGCGCCCUACAAAACCUCAGUGCUGGCAACUGGAUGUGGGCCACAUACAUCCGCACCAUGGUGCGCAAGGAGCGUGGGCUGCCAGUGCUGGUGGAGCUGCUGCAGUCUGAGACUGACAAGGUGGUGCGUGCUGUAGCCAUUGCAUUACGCAACCUCUCGCUGGACCGGCGCAACAAAGACCUCAUUGGGAGCUAUGCCAUGGCAGAACUAGUGCGGAACGUGCGCAAUGCACAGGCUCCAGCCCACCCCGGGGCCCGCCUGGAAGAAGACACAGUGGUGGCAGUUCUCAACACCAUCCAUGAGAUUGUGUCCGAUAGCCUGGAUAAUGCGCGCUCACUCCUGCAGGCCCGUGGAGUGCCCGCACUGGUGGCUUUAGGGGCGGCCAGCCAGUCAGUGCGGGAGGCAAAAGCAGCAUCACAUGUACUACAGACUGUGUGGAGUUACAAGGAGCUACGGGGCGCCCUACAGAAGGAUGGUUGGACCAAGGCUCGCUUUCAGGUGUGGUCCACCCUGGCCUUACCUCUCUCAUUUUACCAUGUCAGGUUUCCAAGGGCACUGCAUCCCACCUCACCCCCUGUUUUGUGUCUCUUUAAGUCGGCUGCUGUAGCAGCCAAAGCACCCAAGGCAGCUUCUAGUCCCGGAGGUUUCGAUGACAGCACACUGCCUCUGGUAGACAAGAGUCUUGAUAGUGAGAAACCAGGCAGCCGGGAUGUGAUCCCCAUGGAGGCACUUGGCCCAGGUGAGGGCAGGUGCUGCAAACUUGUUUCCUCCUCAGGGAGAAGGGAGGGCCCUGAGACAGUCCUGCUGGUUUUUCGGGAUGGAUACUCCACCGUGGACCAAAGGGAGCAGAGGACACUGGGCAGUGACUCUGUAGGGGAGACUUCAGAGAAGGAACCAUUGAAACGUCUUUCUUCGCUCUACAGGGCCUGGACCCAACCAUUUGUUCUUAGGGAUCACCAGAAGGGCCAUCCUGAGCAGACUCUUGUCAUGGAGCUUGGAGCCCUCUGGCAUCAAGGGUUGACUGAGACUCUCACUGGAGCCAGGGCCUGACCUUCUGGACACCCCUCCUGACCCACCCUGUCCAUUCUUCCCUCUGCUCUCCUGACCUAAUUCCUUAGGCCCAAGUUAGCUGUUUACUGACAUGGUGCUGUGUGUGAGCGUGAGUGGGAGAAGGCGGGGGUGGGGCCCAGUGAAGUGGCAGGGGAGGGUAGCUGGUUUUCCUUUGGCAGAAUAGGAAAGCACUGUGCCCAGUGUCCCAGAGAAGCAAUAUGGAUCUGAGGCACAGCUCCUGGGGACAGGCAGCCAAGCAGGGAGGGAGAGACUUGGGAAAAGAAGUUGGGCCAUGGAGAGUGGAGGCCCUCCCCUGAUCCAAGUCCUAUCCUCCUUGGAAGGCACACUGUAGGUGUGGGGCUGCUCCAAGAGGGCUGACCCAGGCAGAGGGUUAGUUAGAUGGAGGUCAGGCUCUACUUGCCCCUCCACCGCCCUCUGAGACCUGUGGAUGUGUGAGACGCCCAUAUAGUGGAACCCUUCCCUGAGCUGCCUCUAGCUGAGGCUGCCAUGACUGCCACAUCUGCAUCUGCCCAGAACCUCAAAUAACCUCCGGGACUGACCUCUGGCAGCAGCCCCUGAGGGAAUGCUGUUCAGUGCCUGCUGUUUGUGACUUUUAAACAGAAGAAAAACACUGAUGAAAAGCAUUAAAAACGAAACCAAAAUACGACUGUAUUGGUAAACAUCUAAAUUUUUGUAAGAAAAUUAAAAAUUAAAAAAAGCAACAAAGGGACUCUCUGUCUUGUGUGGCUCAGCUCCCUUGUCCCAAGCCACUGGCUUCUCCCUCAGCCCUGAGUGGGUACAGGCUGAUCAGUGCAAGGUCUGCUCCUGCCUUUUGGGUAUUUCUCUAUAUCCAUUCAACCUGUCUCCUUGCUAAUCCCUUUUCUUUAUGCUCAGAGGAGUGGGCUGGCUUAUGGGUGGUUAGCUGGCCCUGAAACCAGGAAUUGGCACAGGUGAGCUCAGCCCAGACAGGGUUUAUCUUUGUAUCCAGUAUAGGAACUGGGACCCUGCUGGGUGGCCAGUUAUCUGAUCACUUGGGGGAAUUGGGGCCUCAGAGCCACGUUGGGGGCUGGAGCAGCUCUGUAUUUAGGGAAAUACAAAUUAACUGCUUCACCCCUUUGUAGCUGGGCAACCAGCAGAAAUGCCUGGCUAGGCUGAGUCUGCCUUCCUUUACAUUAAAUCAAGCUGAGUGGGACUAGGAAGGGAGGUACUUACACUCAGUGCCACAUGUGGGUCCAGGGGGUCAGGCGCUUUGCACAGCCCUGUGUUCACCUCUACCCAGGACCUGCUUAGAGAUGGAUGAAGGCUGGCCAAUUUCUCUCUUGUUUUUUUGGGCAGGCAGAUGGCAUUGUAGGGCUACUAGGUGCCCAUGACUUGGCUAGGAGGAGCAAUACUGAGCAGGGCUGGUUCCCCCUCCACUGCUGUGGCCAGGGGUCCCCAGGCUGGGGACCCAGGACCCAGCCAGCCAUGAGCCCAGCCUGUAGCAUAAGCAUUUCAUCAAGAAGAACUUGGCAUGUUUGGUGUUAAAGCUGAGGGUACUGGGAAAGAGGGAGCAGUGUGGCAGUUGAGAACAAUACUCAGUUAUCUUGUAUCUAAAUAUUUAAACUUUAAUUUCUAUUUUAUCUUUUAAACAUGAUUUUAGUAUAAGAUUAUUGCAGCUAGCCAAUUUUAGUAAAGCAGUUAUGAUUCAUUCUUAAAAAGAACGUGAAAAUUCAGCAGUCAGAAGUGUGAUGUGAGUUGUUAGUUGUGGUAGUUACUAAGGCAUUGCUGCCACCUGGUGACAGCAAGCCUUGAGAACAUCCUGAGUGCAAGGCACAGCAGUUUCCAGAUAUUUUCCACAUCCCUUCCUGGGAAGUGUCAAUGCCUGAGGAUGAUGUAGAAACCCUAAAGGAUUUUAUUUGUUUAUUUUUAUAUGGUGCUGUGGAUUGAACCCAGUGCCUCACACGUGCUAGGCAAGCACAUUACCACUAAGCCACAACCCCAGCCCCGAAUUCCACUUGCUGGUCAGUGACACCAUCAAAGAUGCCACCUGCCCCAAUCUGGUCUCUGUGUGUGUCUGUGUGUGUGUUGCUAGGGAUGGAAUCCAGGGCUUCAUGUACACUAGGCAAAUGCUCUAAGCUAUAUCCUUACUUCCCUCAAUUUAGCUUUAUCAGCAGUAUUUUCACACAAUGAACCUAUUACAGAGAGGUCACUAUGUGCAAGGCCCAGGCCUCACAGGCCUAAAGUAUGCUUUGGAUUUGAGGACAGUUCCCAGAAUCAUAGAAAUGGUGUUAGCAAAAGUUUGUCUAUCUUGCCCUUUGGAGGACCAGGCUUGGCAGGGGAGCCCAGAGCAGGGUAAGUAAUCAAGGCUGCACUGGGCUGCCUGGGCCCUUGUAUAUAGCCUUCUCAAGGCCAUCCACCACGUUCAUGUAUUCCAGGUAUGAGCUAUAAUGUGUGCACUCAUAGCUGCUGCUCCCACGCACAUGUGCCAGGAAUUCAGGUGUUCCUGGGACGAUGACAUUGUCAGCCAGAAGUACUGUCCCCUUCCGCAGCAGGCCACAUUCCUACAGGGGACAGACAGAUGAAGUAAUGUCAGGAGUGCCUGGCAAACCACCCCAAACCAGGUGUCCUUCCCAGCAUACUGCUUCAUGCCCAGUCUAUGCCUCACCUUGGGGACCAGGUCUCUGAUUCCCUCAUUUUCUCUCCAGAGCAACUAGUGUCAGAAAUGGUUGUUCUAGGUCCUAGUCCUGUCUCUGGAAUAUCAGUGU